AUGGAAGCCCCGCGGUUGCCCCAUCGUAGCGUCCACCGCAUCCGACACUCCAAGGCGACCAUCGUCACAGUGCCCAGAAAAAAUGAAGGCGUCCGCUUCCCGUUUCGAGGUCAGCCAUUGGACUCUGUUCGGACCUCAGCCGCCUCCUUUUCCCCUUCUGCCACGGUGGAGGCGGUGGAAGGGAAGUGUUAUUCCUUCUCCGACCUGGUGUUCGUGUCCGCGAUGACGUGCGUGAUGGUAUGUUGUCUCGUCGCCUGCCUCGUGGCCCUCCUCACGGACCGAUGGAAGAGUCGGAAACGAGUGUCCCUCUCUUCCUCCUCCUCCUCCUCGUCUCUUCUAGAGGUUCCAACUCUGAAAGUGUGUCCGUGGGGGGGAGAAGACGAGAAGCCCCUCAGUCACGGUUUUUCCUGGGCGGGUUCCACGGUGGAGCUACUGGACAAUCUCGACUCCCACGCAGGAGACCCGAACGUGCGGGACGAGAACGAGGAGUUGGAGGAAGUGGAGGUGGCGGAUGGGAGGAGGCCGGUUCAGAGAUCCUCGUCGGCUUUCUUCCACCCGUGGAAAUCCUGCUCCCUGGAGAACCUCCACCUCCUGGAAUACACUUUAGAGUGAACUCUAAUCCCAU